AUGAGUUCCGACUUCUUCAUUCCAGGAUUUGGUUCUGGUGUAUAUAUAUUGAUUACUGCUGCAUCGGCUCAGGAGAAACUCACCAGAGUGGAUGUACCCGAUUUCUCACUAUGUACAUCCGGGUACUUUUGGUCAGCUGACUUUGGAGAUGAUGACUGCUCCUAUCACCAAUGUGUCGAUGGUCAUGUGAAACUGAAUGAUUUUGUGGCGGUUCAGCGCAAAUGUAUGCGCCCUUUGGUCUGGGAUCGUACAAGGAACCUUUGCGAUUUUGCCAACAAUGUACCCGGAAGUGAUCCCAGUUGCCAUGGUGAGUUGAUACCAGCCCCUUCAAAUGAUUCCUGUGGUACUUUUGACCCUGCUAGCCAGUGUUGCUAUGGUAACAUAGUCUAUGAAAAACUGGACACAUCGACUUACAGACACUUCCCAGAUAGAGCUGAUACGUCAGUGAGACACACUGAUGUAAUAACGUGUCCUAGCAACAGAGAGUUUGAUUUGACUGAAUGUAUUUGCCUGGAGGAUUCCGAAACAGACGCGGUCGAAUGUCCUGGGUGCCUCUACUGGUCAUUUUCCGACUGGAUCGACGCCAAUCAUGAUGUACCGAUAUACCCUGGGAGCAGCAAGAUUCUCGAUGGUGGUCCUGCGGGCCCUGAUGACCACAUUGGUCUGUUUGUCCGUGGACCUACACCCGCUAAAUUACCCAUCUUUAUACAUAAUUGGUACGGUCAGGAAUUCACAUUGGCAUUCUUGAUUGAUAGUAGCGAUAUCAAUGGAGUCAUUACAAAUGGUGACGUGGAUGUUGGAGGAAAUAUACAGCCAACAUUCGAGCUCCAAUGCAGGAGAGGUACAGUCACUGUGACAUUAUGGGAUAUAGCAAAUGACGUCACUGUCAUGGCAACAGGAGAGAAAGGUUCUUUAGGACAAGUUGUUAUAAAACUCUCACCAGAGGGCCUUCAAGUAAACAAAGAUGGCGCUGUCGCACCCAUACCAAAUGCAUUUGUGUUCCAAGGAACUGAUUCCCCCUUAGUCUUCAACAUCAAUGCAAACCUUGCCCAUUUGGCGAUUUGUGAUUUUGCUUGGACGCCAUCUGAAAUGGAUAUUUACGGUGACAAUGUCGGAGAAACUCCUACGAGAGGCAACUAACAUUGCGUGACAUUACCGCCUUGGAAACUUGGAAGAUGAAAAUUAGAGACUUGUUAUUCUUAUAAACUGCAUCGAAGGAAGAGUGUGUGAAAUGUUGUAUUUAGCCAACCAUCAUUGAACAUGCGCAAAAUAACUUUCCAAUUAACCCUACAACCAAAGAAGCUAUGAUAUAAUGGUCUAAUGAUGUCAUGCUUGUAUGUAGCAUUGUUUACAAACAAGUUUCUAAGAAGUUUUUCAAAAUAAGGAAUUCUUUAUUGCAAAACAUUAGCACAAUCGUUUAGUAUGUCAAAAGACAACGGAAUUUAUUCGGAAAGAUCUAUUGCAAAUCACAUCUGGAAAAAGAGUUGUGGUUUCUAUUCAAAAAAGGUGGUAAUAAAAGGUUUAAAGAUGCAAAAAUUCCCAAAUUCAUGCACAUUGAAAAAUAAUGUCAAUUAAA